UUAGCCAAACAGAACGGCAGUCAAGGUUGUUGUGCACGCAUUUGCGUGUCAUAUAGAAGCUGCCAGUGCACUUGCACAUCAGUCACAUUCCUCACGAACUUUCGACCGGUUGUCGCCCCGUCCUCUUGCUGAACAACAAUCAAAAUGGUGCUGAAUAACGCGCGGUGGACAUUGGCUUUGGUGCUUGUUACGAUGGCGUCAUGGCUGGUGAUUGUGGUGGAUGUCCAGCGCAUCCAGGAAGAUCCCGGUCGGUUGUUCUUGCAAGCCAGGCCUCCAACUAUCGAUCGCAGUCGUACGGGUCAUCGUGGUCAACUCAACAUCCCGCAAUCGUUUGCUGGACUCAAAGUAGCCCCAUCCAUUUAUCGAUGGAUGAACGGCCUUUACGGCGGACCAGCUGUUACACGGAUUGGGAUAACGGUGGCCGAAAGCCCUGAUCCUUCAUUAGAACGACGAGUGCCGUGCUGUUCGGGCCACUUGACGGCUACGAUGGAUGCCCGCAACUGCACGAAAAUGGGCGGAGAAUGUUGUUCGCGAGAGUUCACCGAUUAUCCAGGCGCCGGUGGCAUGGGUUUAAUUAAUCCGAGGAAAUUGAAGAGAUCGAGACAGGCGUACCAGGGCAACUGUUAUCAAUGUUACGAGUUCUUUACAGUGUGUCUCGUAGGCAAUUGAACUUCUUCGCAAGUCGAGACGCUUUGACGUCUCUUUUUAUGUUGGCGCGACAAAGGAAAUGCAUAUCAUCCCGAACUCAAAUUAUGCAAUGAAAUAUAUAUAUUAACUUUUGCUAUGUUUUGUAUACAGUAUAUAAAUAAUCAGCACACGGUCGGUUAUAAAAUAGUCCAACGGUGCACCUAAACUCUUUAAACAAGAAUUGUGACGUGUAGUGAAUCGUUUUAUAAAAUGUUCUUUCAAAACGCAUUCGCCUUUUUUUGCGUGCACUACGAGAAUUUGUUGCGAUUUCAGUCGAUAGAUGUUCACUUUCAAUCGGCGACAUGUUAGCUUUUGAAUUGUCACGUAGGCUUCAAAAUCAGAUCAAAUAUAGGAAAAGAUGUGUCGAGAUGAAACCCCCCACACGUGCGUCUAUUGAUGAAAAACAAGAGGCCCUAGAAAGACAUCAAAUAUGCUUGCCUUCUUAUGAUUAUUAUCGUUUCACGCGAAAAUACACAGUCUGCAACAACAA